UAAGACAUGUUGAAAUAGUAUAAUGGGGAUUGUUAACGAUCUUCCGCUUUGGCUGACAUGAGCAACAUUUUUUUGUUGAACAACCUUUUCUAUGUAAUUGGAAAAACCUCUAUAUAUGUUUAUAUUUUUCCAUGGUUUGGAUCUUGAUCGAUAUUACAAAACUGUUGACGAUUCAAUUAUUGAAUUUCAUCAACACAAAAUGGAACAAAUUAAUUCAAUUUUGUCUGAACUUUGGGCACGUGUAUAUCAAGGGAAUGAUAUUGAAACGAUUAAAAUAAAAUCACAAACUGUUGGCUCUGCUGAAAAGAAAAAGUCUUAUGAUUAUAGUGUUGUUAUGACUGUUGAUCAAACUGAUGUUGACAUGCGUGAUAGAUGCAGUGCUGGACAAAAAGUUUUGGCUUCAAUUUUAAUUCGAAUUGCUUUGGCUGAUGUAUUUGCUGGAAAUUGUAGAAUUUUGGCUCUUGGUUUCUUUUAA